UUGGAUUGUAUGAUGGUUGCGCUGCACUGAAACAGUUGGCCAGUGCCGUCCACGCUCCAGCCGGGCAUCAUGAAGCUCAGGAGCCACAGUCUGAAGUUUGUUAUUUUGACAGCACUUCAGGCUUUAUCUGUCUCUUUCGCGGUGUGUGACACUGUGCUCUCCACAUCUGCAGAAGGGAAUCUUUUGAGCACGACUGUUCAACACAGACCAACAGCAAAGCAGAAACACUAUGGGACUACAAUGCCUCUUCAGCUUGUUGGAAAAGACUGGAAACCGAUCAGCCAGCUCCAAUACCAGAGUCACCCUGCAUCACUGAAGCUCCUGAUUGAAGCGGAAGGUGAGCAGCUGCUCUUGGCUCUGGAGAAAAACGAGGGGCUGUUUGCAAGUAACUAUACAGAAACCCAUUACCUGGAAGACGGCAUUGCGGUCACAGGCUCUCACAACUUCACGGCAAACUGCUACUACCACGGUGAGGUGGAGGGUCACGGCAACUCGGACGUCAGUCUCAGUACCUGCGCUGGUAUUAAGGGUUUCAUAACUCUCGAAGGCAAAUCCUUUGUACUGGAACCAUCUGCUGAUCACUCCGAUGGGACUCACUGGAUCUACACAGCUGAACACCUCAAUUUUGCUCCUGGCACCUGUGGCCAUGAUUUCAACAUCUCCUACCCCAUUGAACAUGCAGACAGUAGUCCGUUCAGGGCCUUCAGCACAAGGCAUAAACGCCACGUCCAGACUACGACCAAGUAUGUGGAGCUGAUCAUUGUGGCCGACAACAGAGAGUUUCAGAAGCAAGGCAAGGACAUGGAGAAGGUCAAGCAGCGGCUGGCCGAGAUCGCCAAUUACGUGGACAAGUUCUACAGGGCUCUGAAUAUCCGUGUGGCCCUGGUGGGCCUGGAGGUAUGGAGUGAUGUGGACAAAUGCCCCAUCACCCAGGACCCCUUCACCACCUUGCACGAGUUCCUAGACUGGAGGAAGGUCAAGCUGCUGCCCCAGAAGCCUCAUGACAACGCCCAGCUAAUCAGUGGGGUUUAUUUCCAGGGCACCACCAUUGGUAUGGCACCCAUCAUGAGCAUGUGCACAGCGGAGCAGUCAGGUGGGAUCGUCAUGGACCAUUCGGACAACCCCCUGGGCGCUGCAGUCACUCUGGCCCACGAGCUCGGACACAACUUUGGAAUGAACCAUGACACCCCAGAGAGGGGGUGCGGCUGCAGGGUGACCGUGGAUCGUGGAGGCUGCAUCAUGACUCCCUCCACCGGGUAUCCGUUCCCCACAGUGUUCAGCAGCUGCAGCAAGAAGGACCUGACGGCCAGUUUUGAAAAAGGCGUCGGGAUGUGUCUGUUCAACAUGCCUGAGGUCAAGGUGCUCUACGGCGGGCAGAAAUGUGGCAACGGCUAUGUGGAGGAGGGAGAGGAGUGCGACUGUGGAGAACUUGAGGAGUGUAUGAAUCCCUGCUGCAACGCUACUACCUGCACACUGAAGGGGGAUGCUGUUUGUGCACACGGACAAUGCUGCCAGGAUUGUCAGCUGAAGCUAGCAGGCACUCCAUGCCGUGAAUCCAGCAACUCUUGUGAUCUGCCUGAGUUCUGCACGGGCACCAGUCCUCACUGCCCGUCCAACGUCUACCUGCAUGACGGCCACGCCUGCCACAGCGUGGAUGGCUACUGUUAUAACGGCAUCUGCCAGACUCACGAGCAGCAAUGCAUCACACUGUGGGGCCAAGGAGCAAAGGCAGCUCCGGGCAUCUGCUUUGAAAGGGUCAAUUCAGCAGGAGACCCCUAUGGCAACUGUGGGAAGGACGCCAAAGGCUCCUUUGCCAAAUGUGAAGCACGAGAUGCUAAAUGUGGCAAAAUCCAGUGUCAAGGAGGAGCUAACCGCCCAGUAAUUGGUACCAACGCUGUUUCCAUAGAGACAAACAUCCCCUUGCAGGAAGGGGGAAGGAUACUGUGCCGAGGCACGCAUGUCUACUUGGGUGAUGACAUGCCCGACCCCGGCCUCGUGCUGACAGGGACCAAGUGUGGAAAUGGACUGAUGUGUCUGAACCGUCAGUGCCAGAACGUCAGUGUCUUUGGCGGGAACGACUGUUCAGCCAAGUGCAGCAGUCGGGGGGUGUGCAACAACAACAAGAAUUGUCACUGCGAAGCUCACUGGGCGCCUCCCUUCUGCGACAAGGCAGGUUUUGGGGGGAGUGUGGACAGUGGCCCCAUCAGGUUAGCAAACAGUGGGAGUCUGACAGUUGGCAUCCUGGUGGUUCUCCUCACUCUCCUGGGAGCCGGUCUGAUCAUCUGCAUCAAGAGGAAAACAGUACUGGGCCUCCUCUUCACCAGUAAAAAGAACCCGAUUGAGAAGCUCAGAUCCGUAAGCGCUGCGAUCAGCGGACCGUCCUCUCCAAACCAGCCUCCGCAGUUGAGCACGACGUCUCCAUCGCGACCGGCCCCGCCUCUGCCACACAGUGCCACCAUCUUCAAGCUUCCUCACCGAGGGCCAGAGGCGGGGCUCCCACCACCCCCUUACCCCUCGCACAGCCUGCGCAGACUUCCCCAGUGCCCUCCGGUUCACCUCAGCCACCCUGUCCCUUUGUCUCUCACCCUGUCCCUCUCCGCUGGCCCCGCGCUGCCGAGACCCCCGUUGCCUCCACCUCACAUCCAUGUCGCACCGAGGGGGGCAUCGUUUCGCAGUGCGUCACGCCAUAACUCUUGCAGGAUGGUCAUGGAGUUGGAGAAGCCCAGUCCUCCUCAGAAACCGCUUCCCGCCGAUCCGAGGAGCUCUCGUCUGGUUCGAAGUCCCAGUGUAGUCCGAGGGCCCUCUGCACCAAUACCUGUUGUACUCAGACCUGUGCGGCCUGUCCCACACCCCAACAGACCCAGUCCCAAGCAACCUCCAACACUACCAAAGCCUUGCAUUAUUGCCAACUUCAAAUACAGCAACUGAGACUUUGGCCGGGGAGGGGUGGGGGGGUGGGGGGGAAGGGACAAUGUCGUGAUAAGUCACUAAAGAAUUUGCACUAUGAAAACUCUGAAAACCUUAAAAGAAAAGAUUGCGGCUUCUCUGAGUUUUGAAUCAGGAGAUCUGCCGUGUCCCUUUUUUUGGUGCUCUGUCCCUAAAUGGUGCUACGAGUCUGAGCUCAGGUACAUGUAAAGUAUUUAUAUUCUGUAUUUAUUGCCACGCAGUGCACUGUGCCAGACACUUUUACUACACGGUAGCAAUUUAGAUUUUUAAAAUUUGUCGUUUGCAUCAGUUUCACCUUUUUUUUUCUCAUCGACUUGUCUUUAUCAAAGAUAGGACAGGAGAUUAACAAACAAAUAAAAAAGCCAAUCUGUGAAAUUCUGAUCGCUGAAAUGUUUUUAUGAAAUGUGUUUUAAUGAAGGGAACCCUUUACUUGAUGGUUUUGUUCUGAUACUACGGAAAGAGUUGGAAAAAGAGCAUUUGUGCAAUGACACAUGAAAAACACACAACGCUUUUAGUUCAUUUUUCUUGAAUGGCGAUGCUGUCCCUUUUGAGCCAAUCGAAUGAGGCUUGAAACAACUACAGAAAAAGAAAAAGUGAUAUUACGCCAACAGUUCUACAAUGUGUUCUGCAAUUGGGGAGGAAGGGCUGUUUUUCUUCGCAGACAGCUGAAAUUCAGGCCUGUCUCCUCUGCAUUUUAUAUUUUGGAGAGUUAACAAGUCGAUUUGGGAAACUGUCACUUCGCCAUUUCCUUUUUUAUUAACAAGACCCAAGAGGCUCACUCGAGGGAUGUGGGUACUGAGGUAUGAACUGAACAUGGAUCUAAAAUGAGCAGAGAUCAAGGAAGCAUUCAUUCCUCAGAGGGAGUAAACGUCUCUGAAAUAUUGCUCCGCUAAAGGUCAUGUGUGUUUUUUGAGUAUUUCCCUGUGUGCCUGUCUACACCGAAGGACUUUCUUAAAGCUGUGGCCACACAGGUGUCAUGGAGGCCCGCACAUGUAAACAGCCAGUGUCUGGCUACAGUGUUCAUGUGUGGAUUUUAAAUCAUGUAUUUCUGUGUUGGGAAAAGGACAGAUUGACAAUGACAAGGACACAUUUCUAGAUCUGAAAUGAAGUUUCAUCCCAUGUGGCAAUUAUUCAUUUUUCUAUCUUUUGUACUUUAUUAAUUUGGCAAAUAAGAUGAGUCAACAUGCCAGAUACACAAUCCUACAUACAUUGUAUUUGUGGUGAUUUAUUAUUUUUUGCAGGAUUAUUGUUUUACUGGAUUGCAAUGCAGCAUAUAUACAUUCACACUGAGCAACUUUUCCUUUAAGCACAGCUCUUGUAGACGAAUAUGUAGGCUGAAAACAGACUUUUGUUACUUUUGAUACUGUUAUCUUUUUAAUAAUGCACUUGUUUUACAUUCAGUGCUUUGUUUACUUUGCUUUUUCAAUGCUACGUGUCCAUGUACUAAUAGACCGUUUUCGAGUCCUGUCACCUGACUUAAUGUUAUGUCCACAUGUUCGUCGUAUGUUGUGUUACAGGUGAACACAUUUCCAUGGAGAAUGUUAUUUUUUUUUUUAGAAUGAUUGUUUGAUACAUCACAUGUAAAGAUGCAGUAUUAGUAAAACUGUUUUUCAAACAC